AUGUCCGAUGUUACUGGCGAACCGCAGGUCGACAAUUCCUCUGAAUGUAGCUCGAAGUUUGGAAAGAUCACCUUCGGUAACACCAUGGACGUGGAUGGGGACAUUUACAACCUGUACAGGGUGACAGUAACCCUUCCUGCUGGACACCCUUCUCAAAUCAUUGACAACCUAGACAAGGAGCCCGCCUACGAUGACGCCGUAUCGCGACACAGACUCGCCGCCCUUGUGAACCUCAAUAUGACCCGCGAUGAGUACGACAGCAGAACCGGCCCCUUAACAGCACACGAUAUUGGAGUUGCAUUGGGAGACAGCGAGUUUACUGUAGAGUGGGCAAUGAAUUACCUGCUUGGCUUAGGCUACCGUGACUUUUCUCUUGAGGGUAUAAGGAAUUGUUUGAAUCAAAAUCAGCCCAUGGUGGCCGUCGCUGGAAGAUACCAACAACCUCCUGAGGGAUAUGAAGGGACGGCUGGGGAGAGAGGCAUUUAUACAGGUCUGCGGAAUGGGAAAGAAAUUGAGCUUUACCCGAGGCUAUGGGACGCGGACGAUGAACCGCGUCAUAGGAACAGGUCGGACGGCCUGAGGGUAUGGUACCCUCCCCCUUGGCAUGUAUACGAUCGAGGAAGCCCGUGA